UGAUGAGAAAACAAAACAAACAACCACCCAACACCAUGGUGAUACUACUACAACUUUAGCUGCCGCCGACUGCUGGUUCUCCGGCGACUGUUGAGUGAGCCGACGACAUGUCUGCGAUGGCGCAGCUCGCUAUCGUCACUGCCGCUUGUACUAAUCUACAUCAAACUUCCAAAUGCUUCGGUUUUACCUUCCACAUCGACGGCCACAAAUUGGCCUCCGUCUUCACCACCACCAGCAGCCGUGAUACUGCUACAAUCAGGAGCAGAAAGAAAGCUCCUCUAUUGGUCACUUGCUCUGUAUCUAAGCCGUCGUCCUCCACCGAAAUCAGUUCAACAGCCAGGAUCAGGAGUGAAGUUCUUACUCCUUUCAGAUCAGUGAGGAUGUUUUUCUAUAUCGCUUUCAUUGCACAAGCUUCUCUUGGUGGACUGAUAGCCACCACACAACUCAUUGGUGCUCUGGCUAAUCCUUCAAGAGCAGAUUCAGUGAUUGAUAUUGCCAAAGGCCUAGGCAUAGACAUAGGAGCUGCAUCUCUCUUUGCAUUCCUAUAUUACAGAGAGAACAAAAUCAAGAAUGCCCAAAUGGCCAGGCUCUCAAGAGAAGAAAACCUCUCAAACCUUAAACUGCGUGUAGAUGAAAAGAAGACAAUUACUGUUAGUGAACUUAGAGGAUUUGCACGUCUUGUGAUCCUUGCUGGACCUUCAUCUUUCAUUACAGAGGCCUUCAAACUUAGUGAAACAUUUACUGAACAACUCAUAGAAAGAGGUGUGCUUGUGGUGCCUCUUUCAACAGAUGGAAAUGUACCUACUUUUGAGUUUGAUGAGACUGAAGAAAUGAAGGAGUUAACAAACAAAAGAAGAAGACUCUGGCAGCUUGUACCUCUUCUUACACCAGAAUGGUCCGAGUGGCUAGAUGAUCAGAAAAAACUGGCCAAUGUAUCACCUGAAUCUCCUGUGUAUUUAUCUCUACGAAUGGAUGGUCGUGUUCGUGGGAGUGGUGUGGGUUCUUUGAAAAUUCAUUUAUUACUUUUCAAAUUUAUCAAGAAAUUCAAGUCUUUGGAGAGCCAGAGCAGAUAACAAGAUGAAU